AUGGCGACUGCACCGCCACUUUUGCUCGCAGCGCGCGAGCUCGUGCGUGGCGCAGAGACGUCGCUCCCGCUCAAUGUCACAGUUGUGGCUUUUGCAGUGUCCCCUGCACACGUGGCGGUGGUCUUCUGCUCGCACACAGAGCGACGCUGCGCUCGUUUGGGCGUGUUUAAGACGGCGGAAAGUAUCGACGAGGAGAAAGUCGAACUAUUUUUCGAUUUGGUGGUGGACUUGGACGAGGAAAGAGCUUCGGAGGGUGGCGAAAGUCAUCACUGGAGCAUCGUUUGGAGUCCAGACCUCAAGUUUCUUGUCGUUAGCGGUGGUAGUGGCGGCAUCAUGUGGGUCUUUACAUGUCCACAGUGGCUGGACUGUACAGCGUCUCCUAAGGCCCCUGCCGACUCUUCGCAGCUUCUUCGUGUCGAUCCAUCAAACUACUUGACUCGGAAGCAUUGGAAUCCUGCAACGAACAUCGUCAGUGUUUUUUUUCCGACGCAGAGUGGGAAGACACUAUUCGUACUGUCCGAAGACGGAGUUUGGCUCAGAUUGAAUGUGCGAUUGGCCAAGUUGGCACUACACGCAAUGGAACAGUCAGCGUCACAAGACACAAUUGGAAUGUUUUCGAUGAAAACGGUCAAGACUCUUACGCAGUGGCAUGCAGGUAUCACUGCUGCGUGUUACGACCUCGCGAGUUGUUUACUUGUUGUGAGCGGAGGAGUUAGUGACCCGAGCUUGGAUUUAGUAAGAAAGCAGGCGUCAUCGUUGAGUGUAUGGAAAGUGGGGAGUGACACCGAUAGUAACGAACCUGGCGAGCUGCUGGAUUUUACGCUGCUUGUAAAAGGCAGGAACCAGCAGUUUGAUGACGAUGCGAGUCACAACGAGACAGAAGAGCUGAGGGUUCAUUCUGCGGUGACAGUAGAGCGCAGUGGACUACUAGCGCGUGUCAAAGGUGUGCUUUUCGGUCUGGUAGGGAUGCAUGUAGACAGCAACUUGUCGGAAACCCGUUCGUUGCAAGGUUUUGUUCGCCACUUGGCGUUGGCACCCAACGGAACCUUUGUGAGCAUGGUGGACGACCUCGGCAGGAUCGCUAUUCGCAAAGUUGACGCUUGCGCGGAUGUGCUGAAGUGGCAAGAAGUACAGGGUUGUUCGAUCGCCGGCACGGAAGGAAUCGCAGUGGCGACGGUUGUGUGGUUGACGUCAGAUUUGGUGGGCUUGAUGCUUUCCAACAAUAGCGUCAUCUUCGCAAGAUUUGAAACCCACUGCGAAGAAAAGACUAUAGCCAAUGGUGAUGAAGAAAAGGAUAAGAGUUUGGGGCUGUCCGCCAGCCUCGAGUUUAUUCCUGUACGAUUCCAUCGACAUGCAAUGAGCGUUUUGGCUUGUGCUGAACACACGCUCGCCUUUGACGUCAUUAAAUCUACGUCCAGCGCCGAGAACAAUAGUGCGUUCACUGCAGUCGAAUUUGUCCUUACCGGCAAUGUGUGGACUAUAAACGAGAUUCAGUCCUUGAAUAUGAAGCCAUUUAUUGAAUUGUUGAUGAAUGAAGAAAGACUUGAAGACGCUUUGGAAAUGGUGGCAUUUCAGAAAGCGAAUGUAAAUGGCGUCAGUGCAGAUGAAAUUCACCGCCGCAUGUGGAAGCGGUAUCGAAAGACGGCAGCUCGACUGGAAGAGACUGCGACCAAUAGCAAAGCCUGUAUCGAUCCAAACCUUCAGGAUCUUGUGCUUAUAUCCACGCAACCACAGGGACGUUUUCCGCGCGAAGACCGCGGUGAGUUUCGGGCUGCAUUGGAUCAUUUACGAGCAAUGUCGGACAAAGACUGGGUACUUGAUGAGUGCCUGCAUCUUAUUGCCGACGACUCAUUCACGAACAUGAAACACAUCCUUGAUCUUGCGUGGGAUGCUUUGGUCUGCUUGAACAAUGGCGAUGAGGUUGCUGAUGAACUCUUGCACAAAAAAGUAGAUCUCCAGCGAUUUAUUUAUCGUCUUGAAACCCUGCGUUUGAUAAUGUGCGAAGAAAAUGGCCUGUCUACGAUGCCGGAAGCAGCUGACGGCCUCGUUGAUGGAGCUACUUAUGCUCUGUUCCGAUCGUCAUCUGUGUCUAAGACAGCAAAGCAGUUUGCACGAGAAGGCCGUGUUGAUGCGCUUAAGAUUCUUCUUCACCGACACAGCUGGAAUCUGGUUCCUUGCUGGAUGGACAUUCUUGAACAGAUUUCGUCCUCAGUGUCACCAUAUUUGUACGCAGAACUGCUCCUGACCAAUUCCGCUCAGAACGAAAGCAACGAUCACAUUUGGACUUUGAGACGGUCGAUUGAUGGCUUGUUCCAAUCUGACGACGGCAAUGAUUUAGUGACUUCCGUCGCGCUUUCGGAACAAAACUAUCAUUAUGACCUCACUGACGAAGAGCAGAUAAGGUUCAAUGAAUACACGAGCAUUGAUUGCGACGAGCGCAAUAUGGCGUAUUAUGAAUGGCUACGUAGAAGAGUCCUGGAGCUGGACAGCCGUUAUGGCCAGCUUGCUUUCUCAUACCAGUUAAGUAGACUUGCUUCCACAUGCCUGUCAGAGUGGGCACCUUCGGGUACCAAGAAACCACUGGAAGAGCUUUUUCUGCAGACUGAACGUUUGUACAAUUGCGUGCAUACGUUUAAUUUAUCAGCCUGCUGUUUGCUUCCGCUAGACGAGUGGUCUACACUUUCGAUGCACGAUCAAGCCAUGAUUGUGGUAGGCGCUAGUGACAAGGAGCUUGCAGACGAUAUUACUUUGGCGAUCGAGCGCUUGGAGAAGGUGUUCGUAACACAGCGUCAAGAUUGCAGGUAUGCGCUGGAUGACCUGAUGUCAAGGUUGGCACAUACAGUGUCAUCUAAAUAUUCGUUGCCUGGUCUGACGCUUGCAGCAGAAAUAAUCAAGCGAAGCUCCCCAUCAAUUGAGCCUACGAAGCGGUGGAUUCAAAGCGACACGCAACUUAUUGAAACAGCACUCAACGUCGUCUACUCGGUCCAUCUUUGUAAAGACUUUGGGGGCAGAGCACCAAUCGUGGGUGCGAAGGCGUACAUGCAGCGCCAUUCUGUCGUGGUGGAGCAAUGCUGGACGAUAUUUCAGUCACUACCUAUCCGAAAGGAGAACGAUUUACCAGAGAUCGCUCAGUUGCAAGUGGCAGUGGAUGAAAUGGAAGGUCUAUUAAUUGCUGUAGACGUACUAAGCAAGUAUGGCGUAGCUACUUUGCCAGGCCAACUAAAGAGUCAGAUAUUGGCGAAUAGUGACGGUGCAACAGGUGAAUGCGCGAAUGUAGGUCUGCAUGAUCUGAUUGAAGAAAUGUCCUCGUUCGCUUUUUCUGGCAAAGUUGCUAACGACAAAGAAAACGGUUAUGGAAGUCAAUGGGUUGAAGUACUUCAAGAUGCAGCGAAGCUGAAGGAGCAUGCAUUUGGUGAGCGAUUGAGUCAAGAAAUGGUAUUGGACAUUAUUUUAAAGCAAUUGCUUGCAUCUGAACGUGUUGAUGUCAACUCCGCUCAAGCUGUGGUGAAGCAUUGGAUAGCCUCUGACGUAGAAGCUAUCGAACGUGUCCUGGACAAUUUGUUUGCGGCAACUCGAGCAAAGCUUGACUGUAUCUCCGGAUAUUCUGAGGGUAGAAGUGCGAUCCACACAGCUGCGUCGAGCUGCGUCAGUAUCGCAAGGCAGCUGCUUUCUCUACCAGUAUGGGAUGGAAGCGAUCGCGCCGUGCGUAGGACCAAAGAAUACUAUACGGAAGCUUUAUCGCAUGAGCAGGAUGUAGCUGACGCUUGCGAGCUGCUUGAUCUACUGACGCAUGGCACUAUGAAAAUGUCGCCACCACAGCUAAGGACCAGCCAGCCAGAGGAAGAUGUUCUUAACAUUCGACUAAAUACUGUUUAUCAAGUAUUCGCAAGCAAUCCAAGUAAUUACAAACCGUCCGUGCGAGUGAAAGAAUGGCUCGGGCAACGCCGUGUUGGAGAAUUGAACGAUGGAACAAGAACAGAUUCAUGCACCGGACCUUUGUUUGCCAUUAUGCAUUUGGCAAAACUGUUGCAUGUUGAGACUCAGAAGCUAAACAUAUGGAUGAAAGGCGCGUAUGCGGCCCUGUAUUGCAUCGAUUACGAAGUUGCGUACGAUCUGACAAUGAAAGUGAUUGCCAACAUUUCUGCUGAGGCCGACCGUAUUGCAGAUUGCAGCGGUGGAGGCGACCAGGUGACACUAUUGCACUUAGUUUCGUUAGUGCUCGAUCUUGUGUCUGCUUCGUCAUUCUAUUCAUGGACGAAAAAGCGCAAUCUAUGCUGUGCGCUGUUCAGUGUAUCCGAUAUGUCUUCGACAGGCCUUUUUGCACACCAAGCGACAGACUUAGUGCUGUCGUGGUUUGAAAAGGUUGAUGCUGUUUGCGCCAUAUUAAUUGAUCUAGGCUUGUCGGACGCCGAUCUAGAGCAACGGCGACUAAUCGACGGGAAAAACCCACGCAGUGCUGAAUCUGCACUACUACGCGAGCUAAAAAUAGUGGUGGCGCUGCUGGUUGGCGAAAAAGACGACCGCCGAUUGAUUCUGCGGUUGCUGCAGCGUGGGGUCCGGCUUGCUUUUGUGCUGUCCGAAAGCGUGGGUAGCAUUACGAACUACGAUAUCAGGGAGUCUGUAUUGACAUUUCUCCAGCAAAUGGUACAAAUUUGCGUACAAGGUGCGGGCGAGCUCGCACCGACUUCUAAUGGCACCGAGUCAGGCGAUUGGCGACAGUACAUGGAGCUUGCCUUUGGCUAUUUAUAUCUGCUAGGCGAAUACAGCGGCGAUUAUGGUAGCUUUGAAGCAUUCUGCGUCAAAGAAGUUCUCUCGCCAUUGUUCGUCGAUCCAGCUGGACCGAAGUCGUCAACCACAUCAUCCAGUGAUACACUGCAGAAGCACGAAAUCGUAGUUCGCGGACUCCACGAUUUCUACUUGCUCCAAGCGGCACAAGCAAAUGAGGUCACUAUAACGAGUGAUCUAGGGGCUUUGUCGAGUCGUAGCGAGUGUCUCACGACGUUACCUUUUUCCUACGAGACUACACAAAUGGCGGCAAGCUUUGUUGAAUUCUCGGGGGAUCGCACUUUAGACAACUCAACUGACUCAGCCGCAAUGCGGUCUAAGCCGCGGCUUCUAUCACCGGAGCACCGGAACGUCACUUAUCUGAGCCUCGCUCAGCGAUGCCAAGAAUGGUUGGUCUCGCAAAAGAAGUCCCAAGAGUUCGAACAAAUGACCCUAUUGCUUGGCACCAAGUUCGAUACUGAGUGUUUUCUGCAAGAUGAAAGCUACCGCAAAAAACAGAUUAUGUCACUGGCCACGAAGAAAGAACACUUCCACCUUUCAAAACAGCUUGCCACCAAGUAUGGCAUUGAUGAGUAUGAAUGCUUGUUGGCUUAUAUCAAGUGCGCGUGUCUGUUUCCAUCGCAUAGCUGUCAAGCUGGCCGUCGUGAGCAGUUGGACGAGACCUUUUCGAUCGAUCGAAUCGAUAUCCUAGGAGAAGCUUUGCAACGACCGAUUGAUUUCGGGGACUUCUUACUACAAAGCGACACAGGAGGCGACCCAGGUUUGUACGACAUGAUUGACGGAACCGACCAUGUUGGCGUUUUGUUCGUACUGCGGAUGAUCUUGGAAUGCUCAAAGCGUAGUUGCGGAGAGUCAGUGGAACGAAUGUCGCCCCACGAGUAUUCUCUCUUUCCUCUGCCCAAAGGCUCGAUUGACAAAAUCAGUCUGUUGUUCAUGUGCUUCAAGAAGCUGAAAAGUAUCAGGGACUCACUUGACGUGCUGGAUGUCAAUCUGAAGCUCAUAGGAACAGCUUCCACGACUAAGGAAUUACUGACUCCCGUGACAGAUCCUGAAGCGAUGACAACGAGUCGGAAGGUGGCCGUUGAAGCAGUGCGGCCUCUAUUGACUGGCAAGACCGUCAAGGUUGCUACCAAGAUAUUGCGCAGGCUUUAUAAUGUGACACCAAGUGCCAUGGUCAUGAUUUACAUUAAUGACUUACUGAUGAGCAAAUGGAAAGAAGAUGGGACUGCUGCCACUAGUGAUGCUCAACUAUCGGACGUGGCAUUUCGGGCGUACGAAGCAUGUGUGCCGUGUCUUUCAGUGCUUUCGAAUGAACACUUGAUGGUAUUCCAUCAUAUGUUCCUGAAUGGAUCAAAAGGCAAACACCCACUCGAUUUAGUAACGCACCUUGAUCUCACGAAGGAGUUCUACGGACAACGGCUAAUUGGUCUACAGCACUUUGGUGGGCUACUGACGCCCGAGAAGCGUGUGGAUUUCGUGACAGACACAUUGUCAGUAUUCCAGUCGAAGUACAACUCCUGGCAAUUGUUUGGACCACGCUCAAGCGUUUCGUCAUCUUCAUCCACCGCUUCUUCUUCGUCCGCUUCAUGGGACCCGACACAAUACAAGCGAAAAGAGCAAGAACUUAGCUAUCUGGAGCGUGAACUGGCAGAAAACAUGUGCCACUUUUUGCUUGAAAAAAUAGGAAAAAGUGGUUUGACGUUCGCCGCAAGCGAAAGCGCAAUUGAUAUGUCGAAAAUACUGGAGCCUGUUACGGCGGCCUUCAAGGCCUGGUUCGCGGUGGAUCCUCUCCAGCAAGCAACAAAUGAAGAUUCAUUUUGCAACACUACGUUGAUGGAGCUUUGCCAUCACGUGACAUCAGUGGAUCUUUCAAGUCUUAUCAUGGAACUAGCGUUGCGUGCUGGUGGAAGCACGAUGAGUGAGGAUACCGCGGCUACUGUGAUUGCUGAAAGCUACAAAACGGCAGUUACCAAUCUAGUCAAUCGGCACGUGGAUCCGACAUGUGAUGAACAAAAGCGCUGUGAUCGUUGGGUUGAGCGUCUCGUUUGGACGUGGAUCACUGGUGCAUCUGUUCCUAGUAGCAGCGAGGAAGUUGAACUUCGGGACCACCUCCGCGCUACUUUGGCGAUAUCGCGCGACGAAAAGUCCAAGGCGCACGCGCUUUAUAUGCACGCUGUAAUGUUGUUCUCACAGUCACCGUCUGCGCUACUGAAGGAAAUCGGUUCGGCCCGGCAAAGCGAGAUGUACAGCCCUUCUGAUGGGAAUGAAGGUUCAAGUAAAAGCCUGGUUGCCGUGGUGCGUCAAACGGUUUUAUCCCAGUGGGAACAGCUGAUACGGCAAAAGGAAGAUCAACGAAAGUGGAGCGAAGCUGCGAUUCUCAGUCACGUGCUACAAUCUUGCGAAUUUGCCAGGAUCAAUAGUGCAAAGUUGGCCACAUGUCAUCUAGGGCUACAAGUCAAAGCUGUAUGGUCUGCGUUGCUCAUGGAGCACGAGAUGGAUAGAUUUGAGCCGCAGCGCGUUUUCAGUAUCCCCAGUCAUGACAUGCCAACCCAUUUUGCUGCAGUAUUUGAGGAGCUGCUAUCAUUUGUUGAGGCACACUCUGGUGAUGGCAACGCCGAGGCUAUGCAUUUUGCGGAGCAGGCAACAGUGGCACUAAGCAACUUGCUCGUCCGCCGUAGCAACGUACAAGGGGAUUCCGCACAAUGUAGUGAUUCGGCAUGGCGGAAUGAACAAAGGGUUGCGAUGCAAGCGCGUACCCGAGCUCAGUUUCAGGUGGGUGCUGCAGUCGAGAGACCAACUACGUCCCAAAAGGACGUGGCUCUCUGCUGGUCAGCCCUCUUUGCACGGGGCAUCUGGGGCACCCACCUUUUGGAUUGGUACACUGCGCAUGCGUAUGCUGAACUAAGUAGUGAAGCAGAAGGAACGGAAGCGGUGGUGUUAACUCACUGGGAAGCAAGCAAGACUGACGUAGCAGUUCAGCUGCUUCUGAUGUGCCCAUUUGACGAGCUCAGAAGCAAGCAUGUCGACCGACUGUUGCAUUCUGUGCAACAACUUCCACGAGAUUCUCCUAGCUGGUCUGCUGUCAUGGAGCUUGCACUUUUGCGCUUCGAUGUUGCAGAGCUCAUUCAGCAUGGCCUCUACUCGUCGGUGGUGGCUUUUCUGCUGCAAGAUGUAAACAGAGAACCAGUUCGUUGGACGUCCAGCGGUGCCUAUGUCGUGUGCGCCUUAGUGAUGCAGGGUGAAUAUGCAGCGGCUGGUCGUCUGACCUGUGCGUUACGCCACGCCCACCCGCUGCUUUGGGACGUAGAAAAUGCGCGCUUGUUGCUUUCCAGCUACCUCCGAACGCUUGCUUCACUACCGAUGCGACACAGUGCCAUCGACGACACCGACCAAUCCCACGUGCAGCACGAAGUAUACGUGAAGACGUCGAGACACUUAGCGAAAGCGCUCGACUAA